UCUUCAUCUUCUUCGUUUCUCUUCAGCUUGCAGCCGUCUAUGGCAGUUAAUCUUCUUUUUCAUAAAAUAAUUUCUCUGUUUCCGUCGCCGGCAAAAGGAUGGGCAAACGAGGAGCUAAGAAGCUUACAAACACUCAAGGAGGAGGACCUAAUCUCAAAUCCGUACUGAGACAUGAUCACUUAAAAAAUCUCGCUCUCUGGUCUUCCGCCGGAGAUACUCCGAUACCUUCUCUUGCUUCUUUGUUCGGUCGACGUCUCGCUGCCGACAUUGAAACCACCGGAAUAGCUACUGAUCCUGAUCUCGUCUCUUGCCAAAGGUGUGAGACCAUACUUAAGCCAGGGGUCAAUUGCAAUGUCAGAAUCGAGAAGGUUUCGUCUAAGCAGAAGAAGAAACGCACCAGGUGCAAGAAGUCUAACAUCUGUUUGCCUCAGAACAAUGUAGUUUACCACUGCAAUUUCUGUUCUCACCGGAACCUUAAGAGAGGUACUGCCAAAGGUCAGAUGAAAGAGAUUUACCCCUUCAAGCCGAAAGCUCCUCGUCCUUCACGUCCUAAUAAGAUCAAUGAAGAAAUGCCUCAAAGUAACAUGCUUUCUUCACCUGUGAGAAGUGAGAAAGAUCAGGUGGAGGAGGUGAAUACACCGAAGCCAAUGAUGCUUACUCUGGAUAGGGAUAAGAGGAUACGAAAAUCCAAGAGUAAGAAACCGAUUGAGCCUCAAAGUGUUGCGGAGAAAACAGUUGGUGGAUCAAACAAGAGGAAGAGAAAUUCAUGGACAGGUAUGAAAGAGGUAGCUGAGACUAACAAGAGUUCUAGAACAAACUUAAAGAUACCUUUUCUCUUGUGAUCUGUCUUUUAUAUUUGGAAAUGUAGAGUAAAUAUUAUCCCUUUUUGUGGAAGUUCUUCAUGCAAUGAUGAGUCUUGAUAUAUACAACUUGUUCCUUUAAACU